AUAAUGCCCUUCAGCAAAGGAAUUAGAGCUCGGCCGUAUUGCAGCAAACCUCCCUGGUUAAAAUCCCUUCCUCAGUCCUGUAACACAACUAUCGUAUAACAACUUCCCUAUCUACAAGGCUCUUUCAGACCCGGGCUUUAUAUUCUGCAAGCAGAGGACGAGAUUUUGCCAAGGAGGAAAGAUUUUCUUGAAGCAGAAAGACUGAAGAGCGUUAUCAUUCACCGAGCUUGGCCAGGAAGGGAUGGAGCAGCAGGUAGUCUUACUGAAGCCUCCUACAGCUGCAUCUACAGGCGUGUAAGCUGCUGAAUGCUAAGAGUGGUGGCCUGAAAGAGAGCUCAUGUUUUGCUUGCAUUAAUUGGAUGGUAUUUGGACUUCCGAAUCAAUCCCUUCCUCACCUUCCCAGACACUUACAGAAGAAGGGACCUCUAAACCCUUCAGGAGGAUGAACAAGACCAAGGGAGCUUUUGAGAGCCCAGAGCUCUGGAGCCCAAGUGGCACACAGAGCACCUCCUUGACCAGCGUGGCACCACCAUUCGGAUUCGGCCAACAGGCCACGGACAAAGCCCUGAAUGCGAUCCUUAUUGUGGCCCUCUUCGUCACCAUGGUGUCUCUGGGGUGUACGAUGGAGAUAGCCAAGAUCACAACCCACCUGAGGAAACCCAAAGGCGUGGCAGUUGCCAUAAUGGCUCAGUACGGCAUCAUGCCCUUGACGGCAUUCAUAUUGGGCAAGCUCUUCCAGCUGGGUACUACAGAAUCCCUGGCCAUCCUUAUCUGCGGCUGCUGCCCAGGGGGAAACCUCUCCAACAUCUUUAGUCUGGCACUGAAAGGGGACAUGAACCUCAGCAUUGUAAUGACCACAUGCUCAACGGUCCCGGCGAUUGGACUAAUGCCUCUGCUUCUGUACCUUUACUCGGGAGGACUAUACGAGGGUGAUUUGGAGGGCAAGGUACCUUACAAAGGAAUAACCACCUCUCUGGUGCUAAUGCUAAUCCCCUGUGCCAUUGGCAUCAUCUUGAAUGAGAAGAAACCCCAGUACACUGGCUUUAUCAUCAAGGCAGGGAUGGUUGUGCUUCUACUGUCAUCUGCUGCAAUAAUCGUUCUGUCUGUGGCCAGUGUGGGAAGCGGUAUCAUGGUCAUCUUCUCACCAUCCCUCCUGGGAUCUUCUGCCUUGAUGCCUUUUGUUGGAUUCCUGCUGGGCUAUGUUCUCUCUGCAGUCUUCAAGCUUAAUGACCGAUGCAGGCGGACAGUGUGCAUGGAAACUGGCUGCCAAAAUGUACAGCUUUGCUCGACUAUCCUCAAGGUCACCUUCGCCCCAGAAAUCAUCGGCCCCCUGUACUUCUUCCCACUGCUCUACUUGCUGUUCCAGCUUGGAGAGGGACUUCUGCUCAUCCUGGUCUUUAGGAUCCAUGACAGAAUAAAGAAACCAAGCGACACAGCAAAAAUUAUCUGUGCAGGUGUGGACACAGUUAGUGCUCAAGAGAUGAAACCAGUGUCAACACCCUGCAGAAACAGUGGGAAACCAGGAAAACAGUACAGACAGACUCUGCAGCCACCGCUAUCACAACCCCUCCAAACGCCACCUUCUGCAGCCGGCUUACAGGUCUCCAGCAGUUCUGUGUAAGACUUCUACCUCUAUGCUCAUUUUAUGCCAGACACAAGGAUCACCACAGAGCUAUCUGCUCCCACUGGUAUUUCCCGAAGACCUUGCUCCAGACUAAACCUCCCCCUGCCUGCCCAUGAGGGACACUUCCAGUGACUUCCAAGUCACCAUGACAAUCCUCUGGGACAGCUUAGGGCCAUGCUGCCAAGCGACUGCCCCCAGUUUUGCCCCUAUGAAAAUCACUGCCUGCAUCAGUUCCCUUUUUUCAUUUCACUUACCUGUAAUUGUCCCGCUGGCACCUGCUGGAAGCAGCUCCUGAAGACAUCACUGAAGAUUAAUGUAAUUUCUCUAACAAAGACCCAAAAUGAGGUGUGAAAUUUCUCAGUGCAGGAGCCACCAAGACUCUGUGUGCAGCUGAGCAGCCCAUGGACUGCUGGUCACUCCCGUUUUCCAAAACCCGAGCACUGUGCAGUGUACCACUACUCUCCACACAGCAAAGGCCACAAAAACUGAACAGGGCUAUACAAACUGCCUUAGUAGGUCGAGUUUGGGUCCAGCAAGCUGUACGUCUGAAAAUAAUGAGCCUCAAACAUGCCUCGUUUUGUAGGAGUCAGUGAACUAAACAUACCACCGGUUCAGGACACCAUCUAGCCACUGUCACGCUACAAAUACGAGUAUAAGAGAACAAUGGCAUUAACAAACACCUCCAAUGUCCUAGCGUGCAUUGUAACCCGAAGUAUUCACCUUAACUAAGAAUAAACAGGCUCGUACCAAGAA